UUAUCGGCCCUUAUCCUGAGACCAUCUCAGAGACAACCCAGCAGCUUUUGAGACAUUCUAUGCCCAUUCCGUUUCACACCCAGGACGAAUCAGAGCGAUGCUCAUUCCUCUACAACCCCGCGGUCGCUCAGUCACAGUUGGUUCGAUCCUGUUCCUGCUUGUCGUCGCAUUCCUCGUCUUCCACAGUCGCAAUGCCGAUGACGUAGUGAACUAUGUGUUGAAACGGCCCGCUUCAGAAUGUGUCCAGCAGCAGCACAUUGAUCCGCCAUCGUCGCCGCUGUCGUCUCCGGAGACGAACGAUGGAAAAUGGGAGUUUGUGCCCGCUCGCGAUGCGGAGGAUUAUGGGUUGUCGCGCGAACAAUGCCGGAUCGCGUUCCCCAAACUGUUUGUCGAAAUCGAAAAGUCGGUCGCGGCGAGGAAGGAUAAGCCCAUUACAGCGAAGGAAUUGAAUUCGAAGAAGGUCGGGGAGGGAAUGGUCAGAGUGAUCGUUCACCAGGGCGAGCUUUAUGUUGUGGACUUCAACUACAACCCUGUAACAUAUUCACGCGGUCGGGCCACCCUCAGUGCGAUCUACCGCGCAUUGAGAUCUAUACCGAACCGACAUGACCUUCGCAGUGCUGAGUUCAUCUUCAUGACCGAGGAUUACGCACCGUCCUGGCCUGGGCCGAUCUUUGCAUACUCGAAGCGGGACAGCGAGGAGAAUGUCUGGCUGAUGCCCGACUUUGCCUACUGGUCCUGGCCAGAGGUCAACGUGGGACCGUACUGGGACAUCCGUCGACGGAUCAUCGCGGUAGAUGAUGGCAUAGCCAUUGAUGGCAGGUCGCAGCGUGGGAUCGACUUCCACAGGAAGAAGAAACAGCUGUUUUGGCGCGGUACCACUGCCACGGCACCAGAGCUGCGUGGUCAACUCAUGAAAAUGACGGAGAAGAAGAGCUGGGCCAGUGUGCACACCAUCGACUGGAACAACGAGGAGCAUCUCCGCAAAGAGGUGAUUCCAAUGGAAGAUCACUGCCGGUACAUGUUCCUCAUGCACACUGAAGGACGAAGUUUCUCUGGGCGAGGGAAGUAUCUCCAGAACUGCCGGUCCGUGAUGGUGGCUCAUAAGCUUGAAUGGCGGGAAAUCCACCACGGGGCGCUCGUAGCAUCCGGUCCAGAGGCCAACUUUGUCGAAGUCGAGCGCGAUUUCUCGGACCUAGAUGACAAGAUGAGAUAUCUAAUCGACCACCCGGAGGUGGCGGAGCGGAUCGCGCAGAAUUCCGUGCAGACCUUCCGCGAUCGCUAUCUCACACCGGCCGCCGAGGCGUGCUACUGGCGCGAGCUUAUCGUGCAAUAUGCAUCUGUAUGUGAUUUCGAGCCGAAGAUCUAUUCAGACAUCAGGGCAAAGAAGCUGCGCGGUGUGCCUUUCGAGUCUUGGUCGUUGACCCCUGCCGAUUUCCCCUAUUGAUUUCCUUCGUUGCGUGCUUUCACCUCAGAGAGAGAGGGAGGGAUAGACAGAGGGAGGGAGAAAAGAUGGAGUUGGAAUUACUAAUUUCCUUCCUGUCGGGAAAAUGCCGAUUAUGACAUCUGUGAUGUCCUCCUUGACCGCAUGAGAACGCAGCCAAGCUUAUAAUUCGAGGUAACCUAUUUUUGCAUGGAUUA